AUGUGCAACCUAAAGCUGUCAGUUUUCUUCAUUGCACUUUCUGUCACUCUGAGCUGUUUGGAAGCUACACCUAUUGAGAAAUUACUAUCUGUGGCUGAUGAUCUGUCUGAUGGUACUUCCAAGAGACAAGGAUGGAUAUUGCCAGUAAUGUCACAGAAUACACUCUCAGGACUUAGUGAGGAAAUGCCGGAACAACCAGCAGUGGAGACAAAAAGUAGUCACCACCUAGAGAAACGGAAAUGCAACACCGCUACAUGUGUGACACAACGCUUGGCUGACUUUUUGGUUCGUUCCAGCAACAACAUUGGAGCAAUUUAUUCACCUACAAAUGUGGGGUCCAAUACAUAUGGAAAGAGGGACACAGCUGGGCUUUUAAGAAGAGAACUGCAAAACAAUGCACAGCUUUAG